AUGUCCCCGAUUUUUACUAUAGCCAUUUGGGCUACACUACUGUCCACCAUUGCAUCUCUCACGUUCCCGUAUGAGAACGUUCAGCUUGAUCUCGCAGAGACUUUGUCUUUUCCGUCUGUCGCAUUUGGUGACGCCACAAGCCCUAUCCCUCAGCAGCCUUCCUGCAAAUCAUAUCCAGGAGAACCUGGCUGGCCCUCAGACGCAGACUGGUCCCGUCUCAACGCCACGGUCAACGGUCGCCUCCUGAAGCCCCGGCCGCUCGGUGCAGUGUGCGCACCUUCUCAUCCGGCCUAUGACCGUACCAGAUGCAACACGCUGGUCCGCAGCCUCCCUGGCACGCGCACGCUGCUCGACGACCCCUUGACGGUGCUGACGGUGUACCUCCAAGGCGACAGCUGCCCCAUCUCCACGUCGAGCACGAAACCGUGCACCCAGGGCGGGUUCCCCGUCUACGUCGUCAACGCCAGCACGGUCGCGCACGUCCAGGCGGCCGUCAACUUUGCCCGCAACCGCAACAUCAGGCUCAUAGUCAAGAACACGGGACACGACUUUGGCGGCCGCUCUGCCGGCGCCGGUGCCCUCAGCAUCUGGACCCAUCACCUCAAGUCCGCAACCUACCUGGCCAAUUACACGACGGACUCGCCGGCGUACGCGGGCAAGGCGGUUCAUCUAGGCGCCGGGCUCGAGGCCUGGGAGCUGUCGGACCUCAUGGUGGACCAUCGCAUCGCGCUCGCGGCUCCGGGGUUCCCGACUGUGGGCGCCGUUGGUGGGUGGAUGCUCGGCGGCGGCCACGGCACCGUCACGUCGACGCUGGGGCUCGGGGCCGACCAAGCCCUGUCGCUCAACGUCGUCACGGCCGAUGGGCGGUUCGUCACGGCCGACGCGACGCAAAACGCGGACCUCUUCUGGGCGCUGCGGGGCAGCGGCGUCGGCCCGGCGUUCGGCGUGGUCACCUCGGCCGUGGUGCGGGCGCACGAGCCCCUCUCGGUGGUCAGGGUGUCGCUGCAGUGGCUGACGGGGCCCGGCUACGACCCCAGAAGCAACCCCAGCCCCGUGGUGGACAGGGACGCCUUUUGGCGCGCCGUCUCGGCCUACUACCGCUUCGGCAUCGCGGUCGGGGAUGCCGGCGGCGUCGACUUUGGGUACAUCCGCAACCGCGGCAACGGCAGCUUCAGCUUCGACACGGGGCUGACUUUCCCCAACAAAUCGCCCCGGGAGGUGUUUGAUCUCCUCGCGCCGCUGUACGCAGAUCUGCGGUCCGCCGGAGUAAACGUCACCAACCGCGUCCCGGCGGCGGCGAGCCCCUACGCGAGCAGACGAGCCGGCACGGGCGCGGCGCUGGGCAACGCGCGGUACUCGUCGAGGCUCUGGCCACGGUCGCUGUGGGCCGACGACGACGACGACGACGGAAAGGGCUUCGCGGCGGCCAUGGCGGCGGUGCGGGCCAGCGUGCAGGAGGGCGGCUACACGUUCCACGGACUGCUGAUGGCGGCGCGGCCGUCGGUGGGGGACCUGGCCAACAACUCGGUCAGUCCCGGCUGGCGGGCGGCGGCGAUGCACGCCUCGGUGCAGGACGACACGGCGCUGGCGGACCUGUCGCCCGAGGCGUGGCACGCGGCCAACGAGCGCGUGCUGCACUACUCGGCCGCCAUCAGGGCCGCGACGCCGGGCGGGGGCGCGUACGUCAACGAGGGGGACUCGCUGGAGUCGGGCUGGCAGGACAACUUUUACGGGCUGGACGGCAGCUACGCCCGCCUGCUGCGCGUCAAGACGGCGCUCGACCCCUGGGACGUGUUCUGGGCGCCGACGGCGGUGGGGAGCGAGGGCUGGGAGGUGCGGACUGAGGAUGGGACGCCCACGCAGAACGGGAGGCUGUGUCGUGUCGGGUCAUAG